AUGGACUGGAAGGAACUGGCCGCUCAGAAGCUCAGCCUGUCCCGGCGGAAGAAGGCCCACGCCGGCCCGCCCCGCUCGCCCAGCGACGCCCCGGGCCCGCUGCUCUACACCGGGGGCUUCAGCGGCGCCCUGCAGCUCUCGCCGCCCGCCAUCCCACCAUGCCUGCUGCGGGCCGGGUCAAAGGUCAAGGACAGCCCCGGGAUGGGCAAGGUGCGGGUGAUGGUCCGGAUCUGCUCGGUGCAGAGCGACGCCUCCGAGUCCACGUCCUUCCUGAAGGUCGACGCCCGCAAGAAGCAGCUGACGCUCUGCGAGACGGCGGCCAGCGCCCCCGCCGGCGCCACCCAGAGGCGAACGCCGGCCACCGCGCCAAAGACGUUCACGUUCGACGCCGUUUUCACUCCAGACGCCUCCCAGGCUGAGGUGUGUUCAGGGACGGUGGCAGAGGUGAUCCAGUCUGUGGUGAACGGAGCCGACGGCUGCAUCUUCUGCUUCGGACACGCCAACCUGGGUAAGACCUACACCAUGAUUGGCCGGGACUGCUCCACGCAGAGCCUGGGCGUGGCUCCCACCGCCAUCUCCUGGCUCUUCAAGGUGAUCGAGGAGCGCCGGGAGAAGGCCGGCGCUCGCUUCUCCGUCCGAGUGUCGGCGGUGGAGAUCUCCGGCCGGGAGGAGACGCUGACCGACCUGCUGGCCCACCUCGCCUCCUCCUCCUCCUCCUCCUCCUCCUCCUCCCCCUGCUGCUCCUCCGGGACGGGCGGCCAGCAGGAGGCGCCGGGCCGGGUGUCCCUGCGAGAAGAUCCCGUCUGUGGAUCGCAGCUGCAGAACCAGACGGAGCUGCGGGCGAUCAACGCCGAGCGCGCCGCCUUCUUCCUGGACGCGGCGCUGGCGGCGAGGCGGAGCAGCCGGCCGCCGUGCGACCAGGAGGCGAGGAGGAACUCGCACCUCCUCUUCACCCUGCACCUGUCCCAGGACAGACUGGACAAGAGCAACAAGGCAGCAAUGUCAGGUGGUCGGAGUCGUCUCCACCUGCUGGAUCUGGGAAGUUGUGAGACGGAUGUGAGUCGGAGCAGAGAAGGGGGCGGGGCUCAGUGCCUGUCUCUCUCUGCGUUGGGGAACGUCGUCCUCGCCCUCGCCAACGGAGCCGAGCACGUUCCCUACAGGGACAGCAAGCUCACCAUGCUGCUGAGCGAAUCCCUGGGCAACAUCAACUGCAGAACCACCAUGAUCGCCCACAUCUCCGACUCGCCGUCCAACUACAUGGAGACGCUGACCACGGUGCAGCUGGCCUCCCGCAUCCACCGCAUGAGGAAGAAGAAGCCCAAGUACGCCUCCAGCUCGUCCGGAGGGGAGAGUUCCUGUGAGGAGGGCCGAUCCCACCGACCUCCGCACCUUCGACCCUUCCAUCCUCGGACAGUGGCCCUCGACCCCGACACCCCGUUGUUAUUAUCCAGCGAUCCUGACUACUCCUCUAGCAGUGAACACUCGUGUGACACCGUCAUCUACAUCGGGCCCGGAGGGACGGCCAUUUCAGACCGAGAGCUGAGCGACAACGAGGGACCGCCCGCCUUUGUCCCCAUCAUCCCCUCCCUUAACAAAAAGCGUGUCAAAGACACGCCACGGUCUGAUGGCGAUCACUUUAAGUGUAACACAUUUGCAGAGCUGCAGGAGAGGCUGGACUGCAUCGACGGCAGUGAAGGCCCGGCCAUCUUCACUGCAGAGGGCAAAGCGGCACAAGCAGCAGCUCCCAGGACACAAAGUGGAGCUGCUAAACCUGCAGAGGCAACGUCUCCACUGAAACCUGAGAAGACCUCAUCCCCGAAGAUCUCAGAGAGCACAAGCAAACUCGAUGAGGAACUCUCCAAAUUCCCCUCGGCUGGUGGCAUCCUGGACAGCUCGAAACGGACUAGUGCAGAUGGGGAGAAACCUGUGGUGCGAGAGAAGGUCUAUCUCAAAGGAACUGCACCCAAGCCCUCUGCCUCGCCCUCUUUACCAAGGCCGUCCAGAAUGACCUCACAGCCUGUCGAGGUUGUUGGUCGGACCCCUCCAGUGGGGAUGAGUCAGCAGGCACUGAGGCAAGGACAACCAGGAGGGUCCCCCAUCCUGGAAAGGUCCCAUCAUAUGAGCAGAGGCCCAGUGGAAGUCAGCCACCUCCGGGCCGCCCUGUUAGGACGGUGCCUCGACAGGGACUUCCUGACAACUACUGUAACGUUGCAGCAGCCCGUGGAGCUGAAUGGCGAGGAUGAACUGGUGUUUACCGUGGUGGAGGAGCUUCCGCUGGGCUUCGUCCCAGACAACGGCCGCCCCUCCAACAUCCUCAGCUUCAACGCUGACUUCUCUCUGCAGGCUUUAGCCUCAGGCUCUCGCCCUGUCAGCAUUAUCAGCAGCAUCAAUGAUGAGUAUGAUGCAUACACGUCGCAACACGGAGCCGCGGGGGUUAGCUCUGAUGUCGCCACGAGCUCACAGGAAAUGCUGUUCACUCAAAAUGGCAGUAAACAAUCCUCUGUUGGCCCAUGGCCAAGUGAAAUGAGCAUGAAUUCGGCUCAAAGUGAAGGCACCCAUUCCAUAAAUAGACUCUUGCUUAGGUCCAAAUGCAUGGCACCAGAGAGUGUUACCAUGCAGACCUCACCAAGUAUAUUUCACAGAGAGCCAUUUUUGCAGCAUGGUGCCAAGAGCUCACUGAAUGACAGUGGCGUCUGUUUCUCGGAGCUGGACAGUGACCCUGCAACCCCAAACAAACCCUCCUUUAACAAGUGCCCUCUCUCGCCUGACUCAACCAAAGCCUCCCUCAAAGGUUCCAAAGUUAGAGCCAGUACUCUGAACACCUCAGCACUGUCCCAGGUCUCCCAUCAUGCCACCCAUUCCAGUCUUCCCAGGAAAACCAAGCCUACCUCAUCCGCUGCUCUAGGCUGCAGCAAACAGGAAGGCAGACAUGAUGACCUUUGGCUUCAGGGGAGCAGCCACUCCGAUCUUAGAGAGGUCGAGUUUCUCUCCUCAGGCAAGUCACCGAGAAGUGGAACAAGCAGCGCUAUCUCCAAGAAGCCAGGAGGAAACAGUCACAGUGUACCUCGGCCACCAAAGACACAAGUGCCCUCUUCAGUGCAGAGGGUGGUGGAUGGCUGCGAGAAGUCCAGCAGCAGGAGAGGAGAUACUCUUAUCAAGAUGCCAAGGCUCACACGAGGAGCUACAACUCUGGGGAUGAUUUCUGUCCCCCACAGCUCGUCUGAAUCAAGAUGGGGUCAUGAUGGCACUUCAGGAACAGGUAGUCUGAGAUUUGCAUCCUUGGGAAAAAAAUCAAAUGGACAGAAAUGCAGCAUGAUCCCAAAGUCUGGAUCUGGAAGCAUCUCUCCUCCCGCUCUGCCUGCCCGGCAAUUGAGCCUAGAUCAAAAGACGAGGACUGUGUUGUCUCCAAGUGCCUUAAAAACAAGCAGCGAUGUUGCAAAGUCCUCAUCCCCUAAACCUUUGGCCCCAGAGGAAGACUUCAACAUCAGGCUCCGAGCAGAUUCAUUUAGCUACAAGACUUCUAGUUUAAAAACAGAUCAUUCCAGGACAUCAUCAAGCCUAAAGACACGAGGGGCCAAAGCAGAUUCUUCUAGGUACUAUGGGAGUCAGAUGUCUCUUGAGAGAAGUGACAGUCUAACCUCAGUAGGGUCCAAACCUGGUCUCCUGUUCAGGGAGAACAGUGGUGCUAGCCUGGGAGGUAACAGCAAAUCCAGCAGAUCAGUGCCAAGACUUGGAGUUCCAGCCUCUGCUGCCACACCUAUUUCUUCCUCCCAGCUUUCUCCCGGUGUCUUUGCAGCAACAAGCAAAGUGGGGCAGGUCAAGGGUAGCAGCAGCUCCAGGGCAGCAGUUUCUGGUGGGUCGAAGGUUCGAACAUUAUCCACCAGCAGUUCCAAAAGCCUCAGCUCCUCCCCCAAAUUGCUUGAUAACACUGCUGGACGCAACACCAGCCUACCUCCAACUGGGAAGUCCCCAGCUCGGUCUGGGACAGGAGCCAAGACUGGAAGAGGCACCAUCAUGGGCACAAGGCAGGCCAUCAGCAGGGCGGCCAACAGCCGGGUUAGCGAGCUGGCAGCAGGGAGCCACAGGAAGCAGCUCAGCAGGGGGUCAGGCAUCACAGGAAGCGACGGUAACGUCAGCGGGACAAGUGUCAGCGGGUCACCUGUCAACACAGCAAUACCAUCACCUUACAGCAAGAUUACUGCACCUCGGAGACCGCAGCGCUACAGCAGCGGGCACGGGAGCGACAACAGCAGCAUCCUCAGCGGGGAGUUACCCCCCGCCAUGGGCCGCACUGCCCUCUUUUACCACAGCGGGGGCAGCAGCGGGUAUGAGAGCAUGAUCCGUGACAGCGAGACCACCGGCAGUGCCUCGUCAGCCCACGACUCCAUGAGCGAGAGCGGAGUGUCCUCGUCCAAUCGGAGCAGAGUUUCCAAAUCACCCAAGAAGAGAGGGAACGGUUUCCAGCGCCGGCGUCUGAUCCCCGCUCCCCUGCCAGACACCUCCUCCCUGGGCAGGAAGGUGGGGGGGCAGUGGGUGGACCUGCCCCCCCUGGGCGGCACGCUGAAGGAGCCCUUUGAGAUCAAGGUGUACGAGAUCGACGACGUGGAGCGGCUGCAGAGGAGGAGAGAGGCGGCGGCGGGAUCGGAGCCGUUCCAUGAUGUUGAGAAGGGGCUGCUCUACUUCAACGCCCGCCUCAGGAUGCUGGAGAGGCGGCAGCAGCAGGUCCGGGAGCUGCGGCUCAAACACGAGCGGCUGAAGGUGGAGCUGGAAGACGCCAAGAGCCGCCUCAUGCUGGACCCGGCCAAGUGGAGCGGAGAGUUCGACCUGGACCAGGACCUGGACCCCGAGUCGCACGAGUACCUGGAGGCUCUGGCCCAGGCCACCGCCGAGCUCCAGUUCUGCGUCGACCUCUGCAAAUCCCGCGUCAUGAUGGAGACCUGCUUCGACAUCGCCGUGACGACCGCCGCCGCCGCCGCGCAGGGGGGGCAGCAGGAGGUGGAGGUGUGA